GAUCUCGAAGAUGGCGGAUUUUCAGGCGUUGCGCCGCUCAAGAAGGUAAUGAUACCCACAAGCCCUGACGAGCCCUCAGGUUCAUGGGACUCGAGCCCUGUCUUGGAGACUGUAGAGUUCGGAAGGCCAGCGCACUACAAGCUCACAUCUGCAGUCAUGUUGGCGCUUGUCACAGAACAGAACAAUAAGGCCGAUGAAACCUCCGUUCUCUGCGAGCCAGAAAUAACGGUUUAUGAGCAAGGAUGGAAGUCGUCGGGCGAAAUCACCUUGAGUGGAAGCAUGACGAGGCAGGUAGGCUGGCUUCCUCAUCUAACCUGA